AUGCCUCCCAGGAUACCAAUUCGAGUGGCUCUGCCACGCCUCGCCGCAGUCAACCGGCCGACACUCCUCCUCCCACACAUUCCCCAGCGAGGCAUCAAGUACGGCUGGUCGACCGCACCGCCUCGAUCCAAGCACAAGCGCUUCAACCAGCCGACUUCUGGCCUCCCCGCCCUGACGACCGGCCCCGCGGCUGCGCUCAAGCGUCGCGAGAACACAACGCCCCUGCGGACGGGCGUGCUCGCCGUCAAGAAGGGCAUGACGAGCAUCUUCCAGGGCAAGACUCGGGUGGUGUGCACGGUGCUGCAGAUGGACCAGGUGCAAGUCAUUGCGAACAAGACGCGCGAGAAGCACGGCUACUGGGCGGUGCAGAUUGGCCUUGGUGCUAGGCAGGGCCGCAACGUGACGAGCCCGAUGCUGGGAUACUACGAGGCAAAGGGCAUUGCGCCCAAGGCCGAGCUGGCCGAGUUCAAGGUGCGCAACGAGGAAGGUCUGCUGCCCGUCGGCGCGCAACUGUUGCCGGACUGGUUCCAGCUGGGCCAGCACGUCGACGUCAAGGCCCGGUCAAGAGGAAUGGGCUUUGCGGGUGGUAUGAAGCGUCACGGAUUUGCCGGUCAGGAAGCCUCGCACGGUAACUCCAAGAACCACCGAACGAUCGGUUCGACGGGUCCCUCGCAGGGCAGCGGAAGUCGUGUGCUUCCCGGAAAGAAGAUGCCCGGCCGCAUGGGCAACGAGUUCGUGACGGUGCAGAACCUCAAGGUGCUCAAGGUGGACAACGAGCUGGGCGUGGUGCUCGUCAGCGGGCCGAUUCCCGGUCCCAAGGGCCGCAUUGUGAGGCUCCAGGAUGCGAAGAAGAGGAAGGCCCCUGCGCUGCCGUACAGGGAGAAGGCGCGCGAGGAGCUGGAUCAGAGACAGCCCGAUCUGGAGACCAAGUUGGAGGAGGCGAGGUUGAGGCACUUGGAGAUGCAGGCCCAGCGGAGGUCACACAUGGCUGAAUUGUAA